AAUAUGAUCGGUCUUUUGUUGCUCGUGCCCGUUUUCCUUUGCAUCUAUGUAGUGAAGAAUCUGCUGCAGGAAGACCCAAUACCAUUAAAUGGAAGGUAUUCUGUUCCAGGGAGAUGGUAUGCAUUGAAAGAAUUACUUGCUGUAAUCCUUUACCAUAUUAACAGGAGGAAAAAUAGGACGGGCACUAAAACUGACCUGGAGAGAGAGAACAUGGGAUUGGGCCACAACAGAGCAGAAGAGUUCCGCAUUGGAAAAGAUGGAAUUGAAAGUAGAGAGACUGGAACAUUUCUGGGACCUUCCUCUGAAGAAAUGAAAUGUGUUCCAAAGUUACUAAACCACCCUCGGGCUAUCAACUCAGUUCACUUCAUAGGUUUUACAGAAACAGAUAAAACCUUAUUUGUCCUACGUCUUUGCAAAAGACCAAAUGGCCUGUGUGAAAUCUGGCUGUUCCUUCGAGUUGAAGGGAUUGGAAACUUUGAGCAUCCUAUCCACCCUGAUGCACUCAUCAGUGCAGAAAGUGAGAAAUGCUGGAGUGGAGGUGGUCUAAAACUGGAAUGCCUUGAACCAUAUCGAUGGUGGCGAAUUUCCUUUAAUGGGCUUCUAAGGAAGGGACCAUGCAGACAUGAAUGGAGAGAAGAGGAAGGAGAACUUCUUCAUGUUAAGUUCAGAUUUAUCUGGUCAGCUUUUACCUGUGUGUUUGAUUUUGAUACUGAUAUCCAUCCCUGGGCACAGGCUCAAGGCAUUGCAAAGGAGAAAUGGAACGCAGGAUUCAUCGUAAACAUGAAUGCGUGCUGUCAACAACUGUCGCACCAUGAACAAUGGGGUCAGUUUGUGGGGAAACUAGAAAUUGAGGGACAUGACAAGAAGGAGCUUCUGCUGAGAGGAUUGAGGAGCCAUUCUUUUGGUAUUUGGAAGUGGGCUGAUAUCUAUCGCUAUUCUGCAUUUAUUGUACACUUUGAGAAUGGGAUAUCAGUAAAUUUGUUGUGCAUCUCCUUUCAAACAACCAUCACCCAUAUGAAUAUAGGUUAUGUGUUGUUUCUAAAUGGGAAGAAGGCUGCGAUUGACUGGUCAGAUGCCUCUUUAGCAGAUAUUGCUGACGACGGGAUCAUUGCUGAUCUGUACAAAGUCAAUUUUACAGCAGGUGAGAUGAGAGAACAUAACAGCUGGCACAGAGAAGCCCAUGAUAGCUUUGACUUUCACAUCUCUCAGAGCUACCUUACCAUGCCCAAUGGUGGGAUGUAUUUUAACCUGACAGUAACACCUGACAAGAGUGCUUGUCCUUUGCUGUACAGUGGAUUAGGCUGGGAAAGCAGAACCUUUGGCUGCGUGGCCAACUAUCGUUUAAACUUAACUACCCGAGGUUGGGGUUUAAUUCAACUAUAUUACAGAAAUGAAAGUGGCCGACAGGCUCCAGACAUCAUACCAUCUGGAAAGUUCCAGGAACCUGUAGUGCCACUGUGCUCCAAGUUGGUGUUGGCACUCUCCGAUGAGGCUUGCCAGUGUGCUGCAGUGGUGGGCAGUAAAGGAGCUCAACUGGCACAGCUAAUGGAAAUGCAGAAACGCUUUGGGUAUCAGUUUUCUGUGCCCACUGGAAUCUGUGUCACCAUUGCAGCCCUGAAACACCAGAUGAAAAUGAAUGGCAGUCUCCAGGAAGUCGUGGCAGAGAUGAACGAUGUGGCCUGCACAAGAAAAAAAGGAAACCUUCAGGAGCUCUGCAAAAGAUGCGUUGAAUUAUUCAGGAGAACCAAACUGGCCCCAGAGAUAGAAAGUGCCAUUCAUGAUCAGCUUGCAGAGCUGAGGCUGCUGGGAGCAGAGGAACGAUUGGCUGUCAGGUCCAGUGCAGUGGGGGAGGACACAGAGGACACAUCUGCUGCUGGGCAGCUUGAGACAAAGUUGGGAUUGAAAGGCUUUGAACAGGCAAACGACUACGUGCAUUGGCGUUUGCGAUUUGACUGCCAGGCGUAUGUACAAAAGUAUACUCGUAUGCUGCCAGGGUUAAACUUGUAUUCUUGCCGAGGCUAUGGGUGGCAUUAUCUUGUCUUUGCUGAAUAA